CUCAGGCCAGGGAAAACCACCCCAGCCUGAUUGGGCUCUCAGCUUGGUUCCAAAAGGCCCCACAAGGCCCCACAGAACUCACAGAGGCAUGAGAUGGGCUGUAACAGCAGAGGCUGGAGCUCAGCUCUCCAACCACCGCCAUCCACUUUGGCUCCUUUGUUCCUGAAGGAAGCUGUUUCACACCCCCAUAGCUUUGCUCAUGAUGUUCCUUCAUUCUGUAGAGCCCCCACCCGGCUCAUACAAAUCCUCCGUCCACUUAGAUAAUACACACUCAGCUGUCAGGAAUCAACACAAAGAUCACCUCCUCCAUGAAGCCUUCUCUGAUUCUCCCCUUCGUGUUCCCACAGGGUCCUCCACCGACUUGGACCACAGAUUCAUGACUUGUUAGAGCCCAGGUUCCCAAAUCUGGGGGUUCAACAAAAUUACCUGCAGACUUAUUUAUAAAAUAAAAAAACAGAUUUCUGGACCCAAGCCUGUUACACAAAGGGGUUUGGGAAGAACUGCUAUUUCCAGCAAGCUACAGGCUGUCUACAUCUCAGGAGUGGGUCACAGGACAGCUCUUGGGACUAGGGGAACCUGCAUUGACCUGUUUCACCAAUCAGCCUAUUCUGAAAAAUUGAAAGUUGCUCAAGGUUGAUUCAAGGGCAGCAGCGGCUCCAGAGGCAGCAGCGCCGGGUCCCCAUGGAGGUGCUCCUAGAGCUGUUUUCCUGGAGCAGUGGAAGUUCUGACCGCAGGGUCAGGACCCAUCAGGUUUGUGUUCUCACCAUAGCGCAGGGGCCAGUUCGGUUCCUGUUCUUGCCCUGAGAUCUCCCUCAUCCCCCUGAGUUUCGGGAAAAUGGCUGAAGCUAGUAAGCCCAUGAUGAAGAAAGCUCCAAAAUCUGUUCCUUUGGAGAGGAAUAAGAGAGAAAAGGAACAAUUCCGUAAACUCUUUAUUGGUGGCUUGAGCUCUGAAACCACAGAAGAAAGUCUGUGGAACUACUACCAGCAAUGGGGAUAUCUUACAGACUGUGUGUUAAUACGGGAAACUGUAAGCCAAAAAUCAAGAAGAUUUGGUUUUGUCACGUUUUCAUCCAUGGCUGAGGUUGAUGCUGUGAUGGCUGCCAGACCUCAUUCCAUUGAUGGGAAAACGGUUACGCCCAAACGUGCUGUCCCAAGAGAGGACUAUGGAAAGCCGGGGGCUCUUGUCACUGUGAAGAAGCUGUUUGUUGGUGGAAUUGCAGAAGAUACUGAGGAACAUCAUCUUAGAGAUUACUUUGAGAAAUAUGGAAAAAUCAAUGCCAUUGAAAUAAUUACUGAUGGGCAGUCAGGCAAGAAAAGAGGCUUUGGGUUUGUUGCUUUUGAUGACCAUGAUCCCGUGGAUAAGAUUGUGUUGCAGAAAAAUCAUACCAUCAAUGGUCAUCAUGCAGAAGUAAGAAAGGCCUUGUCUAGACAAGAAAUGCAAGAAGGCCAAUGUUCUAGAAGUGGAAGAGGAAGAAACGCUGGUUUUGUAUAUUUUCAUGGUGGUGGGGGAAAGUUUGGAGCAGGAAAUUUUGGAGGAAGGAACUUUAGAGGAGGAUCUGAUGGAUAUGGAAGAAGACAUACAUUUGGGGAUGGCUAUCAUGGGUCUGGAGGUGGCAAUUUGGGGGUUAGCCCUGGUUAUGGAGGAGGACGAGGAGGAUAUGGUGGUGGAUAUGGCAACCAGGAUGGGAGCUCCAGAGCUGGUUAUGACAACUACGGAAGAAGAAAUUAUGGAAGUCAAAAUUACAGUGAUUCAGAGAAUUAUAAGCAGAAACCCUCUAAGUACGAAUUACUGAAGAGUGGAAAACUUAGUGGCAGCAGGAACAUGGGAGGAUCAUAUAGUGGAGGAAACUAUGGUCAAAGAGGCAGUGGAGGAAGAGGGGGCUAUGGACAGACAAGAUGAUAUUGAACUUCUUAUUUGCCAUGGGCUUGACUGUAUAAAUAGAGAAUUACAGCCCAGAGGUAACAGAAGAGCUUUAGGUUAUCGAAAUAACAAUGUUCAGGAAACCCUUAUCUCAGUCAUGCAUAAAUAUGCAGUGAUAUGGCAGAAGACACCAGAGCAGGUACACAGAGCCAUUUUGUGAGCAGACUCAAUUAUGUAAGAACAUUACCUUCCUGUGGAGGAAAGACUAUAAAAAAUGCUUUUGAAACAGUUUCUUAGCUUUUGAAUAGUUGUGUCUUUCCAGUGGUCUCUAUAAAAGUGUGGAAGCAUCCCUUCUUUGAUAAUGUCAAAUUUCAAAGUUUUGGGUGACAUGUGAAACCUUUUUCAAGAUUUUUCUCAAAGUUUUGAAAGACUAUUAGCCAGAACCAUGGUGUAAUAAGACAUAACAUCAUUCUUCUAAAAAAAAAUCUAUUUCGUGUGUAGAGUUAAGAAGCUGUUGUACAUUUAAGAUUUAAUAAAAUAAUUCUAAAGGUAAAACAG